AUGUCUGAUGAAGGAAAAUUAAAGAAACCUUUACUCAAUAUAAAUGAGAAGGAUGAAGAACUAAAGGAGUAUAAACAAAUAGAAGACUAUAAUAGUAAGUUAGGUAUUGUAUCAAAUUUUAAUGAGAAAGUUGAAAUGAAGAAUUUAAAUCAAAGGAAUGAAACAAACCUUAAAGACGAAAGUAGUUAUAUGGAUUAUAUGAAACGUGGAUUUAAAAGAAAUAAUAGUGAAGAAUAUAGAACGUAUAACAAUAUAUCAGAUGAAGAGAAUGUAAAAGAUUGUAAAGAAUCAAAAGGAAUAAGAGAAUCUUUUUUAUAUAGUAAUAAAUAUAUAUUUUCUUAUAUGAAAGAUAAUAGAGAAGAAUAUAUGAAAAGCGAUGAUUUUAAAAUACGAAUAAAAUGUUUUAAUAAAUAUUUAAAACAUGAGGUUCAUAAAAUAUACAAUGGAGAAGAUACCCCAUAUACUUUACAAUCUCAUGAAUUGUUAAAAAUGGUACAUAAAAUAAAAGGAGAAACAACACCAGAAAAUUCUAGUGGUUUAGCUCAGUAUAGAGAUAUAAGACAAUUAUUAUCAAAUAACACAACAACUAGAUUUGAUAUAUCUCCUAAAAGAAAUUGUGUACUUAUCAAUUUGCCUUAUAGAAAAUGUAUUAUAUUUAAAGACUUUUUGUUGUAUAUCCCUACUUUUACUAACAGUCCAAUACCUGAAAUAGCUGAAAAGGAAGAGAAGAUGUGUAAAUAUUUUAUUGAAAAUUCAAAAGUUAUAUCAUUAAUAAAAGAUUCUUUACCUUUUGAAAUUUUAAUUUUGGAAGCUAUCUUUGUUGAUAUAAGUGAAGAAUUGAAAAAUGAAAUUGAACCAGUGAUAUGUGAAGCAGAAAAAUUAUUUGAAAUUAUAAGUAAUAAUUUAAGUAUAUACAAAUGUAUAAAUAAAUUAACUGAUAUGAGAAGGAAAUUAAAAAUAAUUGACGAAAAAGUUCAAAGUGUAUAUAAAUCUAUUCAUGGAGUUUUAAAUAAUGAUGAUGAUGUAAGAAGAUUAGAAGUUUCGUAUUUCUGGGAUAAACCAGAAUUAUGGGAAAAAUCAGAUCCUACUCCAAAUAAUGAAGAUACAGAAAUGUUGUUAGAAUAUUAUUGUCAUGAAAUAGAAGAAUUCUUAAAAAUUAUACAUAGGACAGAUCAAUCCUUGGAUGAUGUAUUACAAAUGGUUGAAUUAAAUUUAGAUGAUGCAAGAAAUAAUGUUUUGAAAUUAGAAUUAGGUUUAAAAAUAUAUGGAAUUAUAAUAACUGUAGUUGGUACAAUAGCUGCUAUUUUUGGAAUGAAUUUAAAAAAUGGUUUUGAAAGUGAUCAGUAUGUUUUUUGGUCACUAGCUUUUUCUUUAAUGUUUAUAACCAUAAUGUGUUUAUUUUACGUUGUGGUAUCUUUUAAAAAAGUUAAAAUUUGA